UCUAUACAAACAAUGAGAAAAGUGAAUGCUUGUCCCGUAACCAAAUAUGAAGUGGAAAGGGCUGCAGAGAAUAAAGAUUGCAAUGAAUUGGCUUUGAAACAGAAUUGUACUAGCGCGGAAAAUUUUAAGUACCACUGUCUAAUGAACGAACUUGAAGACGGCUUUGUUGAAGUAUGUGCUCCUGCAUACUUUAUACAUGGAUUCUGUGCAGAGUAUAAUAUUCAAGCUGCACUAAUACAAGAUCACUUCAAUAUAAAAUGCAAAGAUGUAAAGCCACCAUGUGCAGAGCGAUAUAAAUCAUCAGACGCCUACCUUUAUAAAGGUUGUUACAAUCUUAUCCUUGAGAACAAUAACUUAUCGACAAUGGAAUCAACAACUCAUAAACACAACACAUCAAUAUCUUUCAUGAUAAAUGACAUAUCUGCUGAAAGUACAAGUGAUUGGAAAAUAGCAGUAGGGGUGACUACAGCAACUGUCCUUGUCCUUGUUAUCAUCUUGGGACUUGUUAUUGCAAAGGAGAAAAUGAAACCGAACAGCAAGUUGUGUAUAUCGAUUAAAACAAAGUCUCGCUUUCUUGCAGUUGAAACAGAAAAAUACAUGAAGGCCUACAGGACAAUAAGUUCUUACUUUGUUAAAACGAGAUUGUAUGAACAAUGCCAAAGAACUCUUGAACAGAAAGGUGUAGCUAUAUUAACAGGGUUACCAGGAUGUGGUAAAACAUUAACAGCUAUUCAAAUUAUGCAAACAUCAUAUUACAAGGACUGGGUUAAGCGCAAAUUCACAUCAUGGGAACAUUUUCUUCUUUUAGAAGCCAACGAAAACACAUUGGUAUAUAUUGAUAAUAUAUUUGAUGGCAUCAUGUAUCGGCAUGAGUUACAAAGGUGGUGGGACUCACUCUGCUAUUAUUACCAGACCUAUAUAAAGAGUCAGCAUGUAAAGGUUCAUCUUCUUAUAACUGUAAAAGAUCACGUUAUUGAUAAAAUACGUGAAUAUAUGAAGAUGGAAAUACCUGUAUUCGAAGAGGCAUGCAUAAUUCGAGCAAUUUCUUUACCAUUCAUGGACGAUGAAAAAAGAAAAAUUUUAGAUUCACAAAUCAAGUACGCGAAGAAUUCUCGGAAUAUUCUACCCCCAUUGAUAGAUGAAGAAUUUUUUUCACAAGUGAAACAAGUGAACGGACCUAUUGGUUUCCCUUUAUGUGCUCAUCUUUUUGCAUUUGAGGAAAGACCUUGCAAAAAAGAUAUCACCGUGUUUGAGUUUCCUAUUCGCUACAUAAUAAAUCAGAUAGCAGAUGAAAUAGAAAAAGAUAACACAAAUGGUGUAAAAACAUUGUGGUUGCUCCUUCUAUUUUCUUAUCCGAGAACAGAUAUUCAAGAUCAAAGACAAAAACUUGACUUAAAAUAUGGACAAACGUGUCGUGAAUAUUUAGAAAAAAGGGGCUCAAAAGUAUUGUUAGAAAAGUUGGAACCGCUUGAGUUUGCAAAUCUUAUUGAAAUUGCGGAGGAUUUCAAAGAAAGGAUGUUAGUGGAGCACUCAGGUAGUUGUUAUCAGCUUAAACACCAGAUUUAUGUUGAUGGUGUGGUUGGGUAUUUUUGUGUUGAAAAAAGUGAAAUAGCGGUCAAAUUUUUUCCUUUAGACCUUUUAAGAGAACAAGAUUUCAUUGGUGUUCAAUCUGAAUGUCGUGCAAAGUUGAUAGAAAGAUUCAAAAAAGAAAUAAAAGAUAAACAUCUAUCUGAGGUUUUUGCUUGUAAAAUAUUUAGACAACAUGACUUUGAGAAUCAAUUUUCUCGUGAAUUAGAAAAAGAAGGAAUAGCAGAUUGGAUUUCAUUUUCGGAUGAAUCAUCAACAUAUCAUUUGCCAACUUUAUUCUGGACUAGCAAAUACCGUCUAAAUCGUUUGUCGAGAAUGGUUAUGGAACUUAUUGAGAGAAAGGGAGAAAAUGUAGAUAGUCACUUCUACUUUGCUCGUUUCGGAGAAUGUUGUGCAUACAGUGAAAAUUACAUACAGAAUACAAGCUUUGAAAUAGAUCAUAUCAAAAAGUCUGUUUGGAAUUUCAAAAGUGAAGAGGGAUUUACAAUUUUCCAUAUUACUCUUUUGUUGGAAAGUGUUAAUACUGGAAUGCCACGCCCAAACAAAGAUGAAUACAACCAGGCUAACAAUGUUACUAAAUGGAGCUACGCAACAGGAAGUUGCAACUGUAUUUGA